AUGGACCCCGAGGGCCCUGGAAAAUCGUCUGAUGGAGAGCCCAACGAGCAGCAGCGCCCCGAAGAGCAAGAGAACGUCCAGCCCGGCUCCGACGUGACAAAGCCCGCUGAGGGCGACAUUCUGGACCAGGGCGUCACAUUUGAUCAGGACAAACCAGCGGAAAAUUCGCGAAACGUCUAUGAUCCGAGCUUCAAGGCCAUCUACUGCAAUGGUUGUGUAUGGGAUCCGUUGAAGAAGGAUGAUGCCAUGGCGAUGUGCGUCCUUUGCGAGAACUGGUUUCAUUAUGCGCACACCGGCCUCCAAGGAAUUGCCGAGGAUGACGGCGCUGACCUGAUCUGCCGCUCCUGUGUUACUAAACAUCCCUGGUUUGCUGGAAAGUACAUCCAGUCCGGCGCUGCGCCUGCUUCGGAGCAGAUCACUGCCGUCCUCAUUGGCCCUUCCGAGGAUUGGCGUAAGGAUCUCUGUACUUGCGAUGCUUGCCAGAGGAUUUUGGAGAAUGACGAGGUUGAAUUUUUGACGAAUCCGGACGAUCUGCUCUCUACGUACGAGAAUGAAAUUGGGGUUGAGGAAGAGAGAGCAAAAGAAGCUCGCUCUGGUGAAGAGAUCAUCCUCGAGAUAGCAAAUCGUCACAACCUCGACAGAGAAUCCUCGGUCAUGGCCCUCCAAGCCUACGGCGAGCUCAAAGAGCACCUUCGCGAAUUCUUCUCAACGGUCAACGAAAAUGGAGGGGAGGUGGUAACAGGCGAGAUGGUCGCCCGCUUCUUUGCUGAAAAGCGGGCACGACGCCGGCCAGAAUGGACUACGUCUGCAACUUCGUACUUACGGAUAAGGGAUGGAGUCGCCCUGUUGCGAGAUGGCAUUUCUCCCUAUGAAGGCGACUUCUUUCACACGACGCCAAUUGUGCUCUUUUUCUUCAACAGAAUUGUCGACAUCUUCUCGCCACUGUUGAUUGUCACCCUCAGUGUGGCUGUUGAUAUCACAAGCGCCCUAUUAUUGGCCACAUCGGCUCGGUAUUUCGGUGAAGACUCCAAUACGGCGACCGCUGUUCUGAAAUGUUACCUAUUGAAUCCGCUAGCCAUCGGCUCAUGCGCUACCCUAGGCAUGACUACGUUCCAUAACUUUUUCCUGGCCGCUUUUGUGUAUGUGUUUAGCGCAGGUUGCCCGAUAUUCGCUACAUUGAUUCUGACGGCUACGAUUAGUUUGCAACUGUAUCCGAUCACACUGUUCGCUUCCGUGUGGCUGCGGUUUCCCGGAGCUAUGGAACGCGUGAAAGCUACCGUAGCCCUGUUGAUAGGAUUGGCCGGAAUCACCCUCUUGAAUUACGUGAUGGCGGGCUAUAACUGGGCAUUUUUGGAAGACGUUUAUGGGCACAUGCUUCGUUACGACGACUUGCGACCCAACUGCGGAUGGUAUUGGUAUUUCUUUACCCAGGUUUUCGACCAUUUCCGGCAGUUUUAUAUCUACGUCUUCCAAGCGAAUACUAUGCUGUACGUGCUGCCGUUGACACUAUCUCUACGUUCUGCGCCGAAAUUGCAUCUAAUUCUGUCGCUGCUUCUGCUGGCAGUCUUCGCGCCCUAUCCGACACUGGGUGAUGCAGCUGUUUAUAUGGCCCUACUCCCGUUAUUGCACCAUCUGUUCCCCUUGAUGCGGCAAGCCCUUGCUAUCGGAGCUACCGUAGUCACCUGUGUGGCCUUGAUGCCAGUCAUGUGGCAUCUCUGGGCCGUCUCCGGUUCCGGAAAUGCCAACUUCUAUUUCGCGGUCACUCUGAUCUACAACUUGGCUCAGGUCUUUCUCCUCACCGACAUCAUCAUGGCGCAUUUCCGGCUGCAGGUGACGGCCACCGUCCCCGAGACGAUCAACGAAAAGACCAUAUUUAUUAUGAAC